AUGGUGUCCCAGCAGGAGAAAGAUCGGAACUCGGUGCUGGCAAUUGUAAUGUGGCGAUACUAUCCUGCUGCAAUUAAAGAUGACAUCACCACUGAUUUUAAUGUCAUCAAAAUUACUCUUCUUGAUUUUCUUAUUUUCAAUGUUUCAGGGUACAGCUGGAGUGUUUCUGUCCCACUCAACAUCAGUGUAUGCAGCAACAGCCUGAGUAACCCACUGACCCUGGACUGGACUUACACACCUGCAACUCCGGAUCCAUUCUUUAUAGAAUGGUCAAAACAAGGAACAGGUUCAUUUUUUAAUACUAUUGCAACAUAUGUUGCCGGCACAUUCACACCAAAUGUUGCAUACGCUGGAAGAGUCAGUAGAACUGGAAGCACAGCAGAGAUUGCAAAACAGGGUCCACUGACAGCAGCUGAUGGAGGGGUGUACCGAGUCGCUGUAACUGACAGUCCUGGAAACACUUUAUCCGGUUUUGCAAAUGUCAUCUUUCCAGCUGUAAACGGACCAAUCAAUGCAUCAUGUGUGGAGACUGCUGCUAAUGUCUACACUGUGACCUGCUCAGUAGAUGUGACACCACCUGUCACACUGCAGUUAAAGAAUGGCACUGUUGACCUUGACUCGGCUUCUUCAGCAAGUGGCUUAAGCAAGACACUAAGUGAUGCACACACUCAGACUUUCCAGUGUUCUGUGACUGGGCAGGGAUCAGAGUGUGUAACACCGAACUCCACAGAUGUAACCUGUAUCUCAGCCCAGCAGUCGAUACUGAAUAUUUGGUAGUCACACAAACAACAUCACUCACAGUUGAAGAUGUAUGAGAAUACCGAAAAUUAAUUAUAAUUUAUCCAUUAACCCAUGGUAUUACAUUUUCCUGAUUAAUGUGUAAGGAAGAGGUAGGAUAUAUUUUAGAAAAGGGAAAAAAAUAUUUAUAAAG